GGCCCUUCGGGGCGGGUGGGGACGCGGGAGCCGCCAGGCCCGCAGCCACCGUGCGUGGGUACCAUGCGGCCGCCCUGCUCCGGGAGCCCCGAGGGACCACGGAGCCCGCAGGCCGGGACGCCGGCGCGGAGAGGGCACCCGAUGUAGGCAACCUCCGACGGCGAUUCCCACGUAACCUGGAGCCACUGCCGCUUCUCUUGUCCUCGAGGCCGGUCUGCACGCCCUGCGUCCUGCGGACACACCAGCAGGCGGUGGCCGCACCUGCCAGGCAUGGCCCCCGCCUCCCCCGCCGCGGGCUCGCGGGCCUAGGUGCCCAUGACGCUGACCACCGCCUGGACGCCGCGUCGGCCGCCAGCUAGCGCCAAGGCCCCGAUGCCGGUCAUGCCCAUCCCCCGGCGGGUGCGCUCCUUCCACGGCCCGCACACCACCUGCCUGCACGCGGCCUCCGGGCCCCUGCGCACCUCCCGCCUGGCGCGCACCAAGUACAACAACUUCGACGUGUACGUGCGCGCGCGCUGGCUCUACGGCUUCAUCCGCUUCCUGCUGUACUUCAGCUGCAGCCUCUUCACCGCCGCGCUGUGGGGCGCGCUGGCCGCGCUGCUCGUCCUGCAGUACCUGGGCGUGCGCGUCCUGCUGCGCUUCCAGCUCAAGCUGUCGGCGCUGCUGCUGCUGCUGGGCCGCCGGCGCGUGGACUUCCGCCUGCUCAACGAGCUGUGGGUCUACGGCAUCCACGUGACGCUGCUGCUGGUGGGCGGCCUGGGCUGGUGCUUCAUGGUCUUCGUGGAUAUGUGAGCGCCCGCGCGCGCGGCCCGGGCCGGCUCGGUUCCCGGCCAGUGGGCCGCUGCCUGCGGCCGGCCGCUCCUUGACCAGGUAGCUCAGGGCCUGGCCUUUCACGCUACGUCCGGUAGCUGGUUCUCUGCCCCGGAGAGGAGUGGGCUGUGACUUCUGUGCAUGGACGCUGCGCCCCCCCGUCCGCUGACCCCCCUGUGCGUGCAUUCAGGGGGGCACUCACCCUUGGCCACCCCCAUGGCUCCAGCCCGCACUUUCCCAGCCCGUACUUGGGGAGCCUCUGUGUCCCGUCCCCUCCCCAGGACACAGGCGUCCCCAGUGGUGUAGGGGUGUGCUGCCCAGGAACAAGUCUGGAGGGGGCUUCCUGGACUCGCCGGGCCCCAGCCGUAGGGAAGCAUCAGGUCCAGUCACCACACUGCCACAGGGCCGCCCCGACAGCACCCUGAGAGGUGGCCAUGUUGCCUAGUGACCACCAUGGGGUCUGAGUCCGGCCAGUCUUCAGGGCCUUGUUUGUGCAGGCGCCGUCAGAUCCGUCUUCCUCCUGGGCAGGUCGGGGGUGUCAGGCCCCUUCACAUGCGGGUUUCUGGGGAGGCACCUCAAUCCCUCUCUGGCUCUGGGGGCUGCUUUUGGUCAGAACACAGAAUUGGGACGCGUGUCUGGAGCAGAUGUCGGAGGUCUCGGGCCGUGCGCUGAGUGUGCACCACGAGACGUGGGCAGACCUGCGUUUAAGGCACCACUUAGUGUCGAGGGGUGGCCCGGGGCUGGCUCUCUGGGUGAGGGGCGAGGCCGCCCCUUUGCUCCGGCCCCGGGGCGGUUAGAGCAGCUGGGGAGUGGAAAGCAAAAAUGAAUGUCCACAGGGACUGGCGGGGAAAGAACAAAGGGCCGGUCGUCCUGGGGGCUGUUUUGGUCACAGAGCCACUCCAGAGCCAGCUGCUAUCCCGACCCUUCCUCUGGCCUGCAGCGAGUGGCCACCGUGGGCCUCCUUGGCCAGUGGGCGGGCACUCUGAAUAAUUCUGCUGGGACAACAGGCAGAGUGUCCCUUUGACCCUGCCUGGCCAGGGAGGCCAGUGGCCCCAGGGGGACUGUCGGGACAGUUAUGUGCCACUGGAAGGAACCCCAAAUCAGGUAGAAAAAGCAAAAAGCACUUGGCUGUCAUCAUGCCCCUCCGUUUUGGCCGGCUCUGCUGGACGGUGGCCAGCCUGAGGUCAGUGGGAGGCUCCUGGAGGAAGGAGCUGAGGCGCUGACCCUCGGGGACCCCGCAGCGCUGCGGAGCAUCUCUUGCACUAAGUCAUGCUGUUUCCUAUAAGCUUUGUUUUGUGUUAAUUAUUCACGCUGCUCAGAUCCUUCGAAGUCCCCUGACUGAGGUCGGCGUGAGCACACCAUGGGGAAGGCAGGAGGGUCUGCGUGUGUGCCACCGUGGGUGUCUGCGCGGCAGUGCUAGGAGUUGACACGCUCAAUGAGCAGUUGCCCGGGGUCUCGAGUGCCUGUGAAAUUCUUUAUGAAACGAGCCACCUGCAUUAAACUUAUUUUUUUAAUGUG